GCUACAACGUCCGGCUUCCCAUAUGAGCCAGUAUGACCGAGACAUGGACUCGCGAGCAUUUCGGAGAGGACUCGGAACAGCUUCUUGUAACCCGUGGCGAUUGCACAGCCUGAGCCGGUACCGACAUGGGAUUCGGGAGGGAGUAGCCGGGAAGAAGAGGCUCAGCGCAGUUUUCUCUCUCAGCUUGGGAAGAUGUGUGACCGGCUUCAAUUCGUUGACGGACUAUGUCUCGAGGGAAUAGGGGAGACUCGCAGCUGGCAGCUGGCAGACGAGUGUCUUCCCAUUUAUUGGCCGGUCCCGGGUUAGAUGUGCCCUGUACCCUCUCUCUCUUCUCCUAUUUCAAAGACGUCGUUCACUUUUCUGUCACUUCUGGGCUGCCAGCUGCCAAGUCGGAAACGUUCGCGUUGUUUCUUUUCUUUUCUACGGCGCGUCACUUCGCGUUGUUUCUACUCUUCCUUUUUUCUUCUUCACAUUGCAUUUCGAAGGAAUCAUCAUUUCUUUUCGAGCACUACUUCGUUCCAUUCAUUAACCUCGUUAUCUCCUUUGCAACUCUGCGAUAGUUCACUCUGCAUCUGCGUUUCCUGCAUCAUAUUGUUUGUGAGAAGUUGCAUUAGGCGUUUCCAUCCCGUCUAUUCAUUGAAGG